GUUUAAGGGUUAAAAAUUAUGGUCAGUUAUAACCAUUUUAAUUAUUCUGUGGCUAGUGGUGGUGACAGUGGCCAUUGUUGUUGUUACCAGGGUACAAGAAGGUUGUUUUCAAGGUACAAGGUCUGCCACUGCUACCUCAAAAUAUCUGCUCCCACUUUUCCUAGCGUGUUGAAGAGAUUUCCAGUAUGUGAAGGUUGAGGGGCAGUGCCAGUCGGACAGGUAUUGGAAGGUGACGUCAUUUGUUUGCUCUUGAACAUCACCGAAGAAUCAAACAUUUCUGCUGCUUUGUUCUCAAUUUCAAGGUAUUUUUCGUCAUGAAACCAAUCAAAAUCAUAUCUGUUUCUUUAGUAUAUUUUCCAUUCUAUGAAAUGAGGCCAAGAAAACGAGAAUACAAACAUAACCAUAUGAAAAUAUACCACUAAGGGGAGGCUAAUGGCUGAGAAGUAAAAUCCAUUAUUUAUGAUCCAAAUUCUUUCAUUUUUGGUGUACGUUAAGAAGCAUUUUUCCAACGUACAUUGCCCAGGUUUCAAUAAGAUAGCCCAACAAACAACUGGGAUCAAAUUCCCUAGAGCAAGAGCCCCUCACCAGCAUCAAGGAACCUCCCUUGAGGCCCGCUCAUAUCUGGAAAUUUCUCUCGCGUCUGGAAGCAAAAAAUCGACCGAGUGACUGCUCGUAUCUGGAAAAACUCGCACGUAGCUUUAAGACGAGGUAUGACAAAGCUCAGGAAGCAGAGAGAGAGAGAGAGGACCUAGUAGCGAUCAGUGAAGAGGUGGGGCCAGGAGCUUAGUCUUGACCCCUGCAGCCACAAUUAGGUAAGGAUGCAGAAGAAUGAGAGCUCAACUAGCAUCUUAACAAGAACACAGUCAGCAAAUGUGCAACAUAAUGACCAUGAGGAAAAUGCCUCCAGUGAUUCCUCAUCUCAGUGUACCGUUAAUUUUGAAAGGUCUGCAGAGCUUCGUAGUCAUAUGAGGGGACGUAGAGAGGAUGGAGACGGCAAUAAAGAUGAAGCAUCAGUGGCUCGUUUUUCAAGCUUGUUUUACCUCAGUCCAUCUCUGAUAGAGACAUUUGCUGCCUUAGGAGGUACAAGCAAGGCUUAUACAUUUAAUGAGGUAUUGCAAUUGCUGAAGAAAUAUUUACUGAGUAAACCAAGCCUGUGUGAUCCCAACAAUGUCCUCUACGUAAACUGUGGGGACGAUUCUCUUGGCCAAGCCUUAGGGGUUGAACGUUUCCAUUUUAAAGAUGUUAAGUAAGUACGAAUCAAGUAAG